AUGGCUGCCGAGCAGGACUUUACCAAGCGCAAGCUUUGGGGCGGCCGCUUCACCGGCUCGACCGACCCUCUCAUGCACGAGUUCAACCAGUCGCUCAAGUACGACAAGCGCAUGUACGCUGCCGACGUCAAGGGCUCGAUUGCGUUCUCCAAGGCUCUGCUCAAGGCCGGCAUUGUCACCGCCGAGGAGCAGGCCGAGCUCACCCGCGGCCUCAAGCUCGUUGAGCAGGAGUGGGCCGAGAACAAGUUUGUUAUCCAGGCCGAUGACGAGGACAUCCACACCGCCAACGAGCGUCGUCUGUCCGAGAUUAUCGGCAAGGACAUUGGCGGCAAGCUUCACACUGGCCGCUCGCGUAACGACCAGGUCGCUACCGACAUGCGCAUCUGGCUCAUGGACGAGACCGCUGCUGCCGAGGAGAACCUCAAGAACCUCCUGUCGGUCAUGGUCUCGCGUGCCGAGAACGAGAUGGACCCCAUCCUCCCCGGCUACACCCACCUCCAGCGCGCCCAGCCCGUCCGCUGGUCCCACUUCCUCCUCUCGCACGCCUCGGCUUUCACCACCGACCUCAACCGUCUCCGCGAGAUGGUCCCCCGUAUCUCGGUUCUCCCCCUCGGAUCGGCGGCUCUUGCCGGCAACCCUUACGGCCUCGACCGUGAGCUCCUCCGCGAGGAGCUCGGCUUCCAGUCCAUUGGCGAGAACUCGAUGCACGCCGUCGCAGACCGUGACUUUGUCGUCGAGUGGCUCCAGUGGGCUUCGCUCAUGAUGAUCCACAUGUCCCGUCUGGCCGAGGACCUCAUCAUCUACUCGUCGGCCGAGUUUGGCUUUGUCACUCUCUCGGACGCCUACUCGACCGGCUCGUCCAUCAUGCCUCAGAAGAAGAACCCCGACUCGUGCGAGCUUCUCCGCGGCAAGUCGGGCCGUGUCUUUGGCCAGAUGGCUGGUUUCAUGAUGUCGCUCAAGGGUAUCCCGUCGACCUACAACAAGGACCUCCAGGAGGACAAGGAGCCCCUCUUUGACGCCGUCGACACUGUCUCGGCCGCUCUCCGCAUCGCCGAGGGCGUCAUCGCCACCCUCACCGUCAACUCGGACAAGAUGGCCGCCGCCCUCUCCAUGGACCUCCUCGCCACCGACGUUGCCGACUACCUCGUCCGCAAGGGUGUGCCCUUCCGUGAGACCCACCACAUCUCGGGCCGCUCCGUCGCCCUCGCCGAGGCCAAGCAGUGCCAGAUCUCGGACCUGUCCAUGGCCGAGUGGAAGGACCUCUCGGAGCACUUCACCGAGGACAUUGCCGACGUGUUCAACUUUGAGACCUCGGUCGAGAAGCGCAACGCUAUCGGUGGCCCCGCCCGCGCCAUGAUCCAGCGCCAGGUCGACAUUGCCCGCCAGCGCAUCGCCGGUAAGCAGUAG